CAUUGUUGGUUUUUUCCACACCCUCCGACCGUACGUCACUGUGACGUUUAUAGGUUAUAGCCGAGUGUAAACAAAAGGGCGUUGUCAUGGUAACACACCUCGUUACGUCAACACUUUGACGUUUGAUUAUAGGUUAGAAACUCUUAGAUUGUAAACAAACAAAUAAAAUGGUGGUGUGUAAAUAUUUUCUGCAAGGCACCUGCAGAUAUGGAAAUUAUUGUCGUUACGAGCAUCAGAUUCCAGCGAAUUAUGGCAACGACAGACCACCCUCUUCGUCUAUCUUAAGACAGCCCCAGGUGGAUUUCCAAGGGACUCCUCAACAACAACCCCCUAACACCUCCACCUUUUUGGACGUGAACACCCUGGUGAAAACUGUGGCGCAGGACAUGGUGGGGGCCGAAAAAGGGGGCCAGUGGCUGCUCUCGUGUUACGCCCCCUUUAAGGAAAAAGCCCUCUUUCCGGGAUUCGAGGACUGGAGUCCCGAGGAGGUGCGUUGGGGCUACUACGAGGCCAGGAGUGCCAACAAACUGGAGGCAUACAAGCAACAGUUGCAAGUUAUGCUAAGGGAGGCGAUGGGAAAAGUGAGGGCUUUGCAGAACCCCAGCGGCGAGGUCUUGAAGAUCUUAAAAGAGAUUUAUAACAACUCUCCGGCAAGCAAGAACAUAUUUGCACAGAAGGCGAAGAACGUUUUUAGCACUAAUACACCGAAGGAAAACAACAUUUUCGCCACCGCUGCACAAAACGCGUUUAGUCAAAACGUUUUCAACCCUCCACAGCCUCCUCAAAACAUCUUUGCCCAGUCACAGCCUCCUCAGAACAUUUUCAACCCUCCACAGCCUCCUCAAAAUGUUUUCAACCCUCCACAGCCUCCUCAAAAUGUUUUCGCCCCCCCGCAACCUUCACAAAACAUUUUCGCUCCUUCACAGCCUCCUCAAAAAAAUGUUUUUCCUGCUCCUCCAAGUUACUCCUCCUCUUCAGUUUUUGGUGCUUCCCAGCAAUGUUCCGAUCCCCACUUGUACUCUAAAGAGGAGGAAUUGAGUGAGGAGGAGAAAAAUUGGUUCUUGAGUGACACCCUGGACAUCAUGAGGAUCCCGGAGAAACCGCCCACUUAUGAUAUGUGUUUUAAAGGUUGAACACCCUGUAAAUUGAAAAUUAUAUUUUAUUUUUGAUA